CACAAUACUGCUUUGCUCUGAUGCUUCGGUGAGCGAUUCUUGACAAUUCCUUCGCCUCGCAUUAUAUACUGUCGAAGAAACAAGAAGAAUAUCGUAUAAGCCGCUUGUGAAUAGGCCAUUGGUGCAAAUAUACAUCAUACAAUUAAAAUAAAUAUCACCUACAUCAUGGUUCAAUACUUCACAUUCGUUUUGAGUACGCUCUUCUGUGUUAUUUCGUUUUCAUCUGCAUUUGACGGUGGCGUAUGUUACCGACAGACUGAUCGCGACACAUAUAAAGUAUCUUGCACAUGUUUUGGAAAAAAAGCAACGUGGGAGGCUUGCACGGAAACAACCAACGAACUUAAAGUUGAACCGAAUGGUGAGAUAUGCUUUGAGUACUCAAAUAAUGAAGCUAAUAUGAUGGGAUGCCGCUGUCCACCUAAAGGACUUACUCUAUACAGCGAUUACAAGGCAACAACAGUCAGUCUGCAAAAGCGACCUUCUGGAGGAACGUGUCUUGCUUUUUUCAAUGACGUCAGAAAAAGGAUGGAAUGCAAUUGUGACUUAGAGGGUGUAGAUCCUUCUCGAUUCAAGAAGUCUACAUUAGAAGUCAUCACUGGCCCUCCACAAAGAUCGGGUUUCUUACCCGGAGAAGCAAUGGAAGGCGGGCAAGCAACCGGACUCUGCUUUCGUGAAAAGAAUAGAAACACCGGAAAACAAAUUUGCAUUUGCUACGGUAUUGCAGCUUCAGCUUCAACUUGUGGAUUGGACAUCAUGGAAAUGCUGCUUAAACCACCAGGUGGGGUAUGCUUCGAGCAAACGAAUUUUCUUACAAGAAAAGCAGAGUGCAUUUGUCCAUUGUUUGGAAUUUCAUUUGACAGUUGUAAGAGAACAACGCUGAUUAUAGGAGAGCCAAUACCGCCUGCGGUUCCUACAAGAGGACCGACAAUUCCAAGUAUUACUGUUCGACAAAGGCCAAAGUUUGUGCUUGGAAAUAUACAAUGCAAUCCCGAUCCAUGUAAGAACAAUGGGGAGUGCAAUCCCGUCCCAAAUUCGAACGAUUUCUUCUGUCGAUGCCGAGAACGCUUUCAUGGAAAAUACUGUGAAAAAUCCGAUUUUCUUCUGCCAAUUACUAUGAGAAAUCCUUGUUUACCAAACCCAUGCCGAAACCAAGGCACAUGCUCAAGAGUUGUAGGAUCUCAAAAGCACACUUGUACAUGCAAAAGAGGAUACGGUGGUGUGAAAUGUGAGAAAACUAUUUCAACUUCACAACUAUUUGCGAAUGGUCGAACACUCUUCACACGGCCCAAAAAAGGACAAUAUUUAUGUUUCCCGAAUCCAUGCCAAAAUAGUGGUAUUUGCUAUAGACAAAGAUCAGCACAAGGAAAAUACAACAAGUUGUUUUGUAAAUGUAGAAAUGCAUAUGUUGGAGAAUAUUGUGAAUUCAGAAAAAGUCUAGCAAAUCCAUGUAGACCUAAUCCAUGUAAAAAUCGCGGAACGUGUGUCAGAAAAGCUGAUGGCAAAUACAAAUGUAAAUGCAAGAAUAAUUUCAAAGGAAAACAUUGUCGUGCAAGACCCGAUCCAUGUGUUCCCAACCCUUGUUCAAGUAAAACAUUAUGUGUACCACUACAAAAAGGACAUCUCUGUAUCUCAACAAAACAAUUGCAAUCUAUCGGCUGAACGGAUUGAUGCCAGUGACGUUCAACAGUUGAUCGAACAAGAUGUUGUAUUUUUUUUUUAUUCAUAUAAACUGCCUUUUAGAUUGACUCUUUUCUUUUGAAUGUUGUUCAUGUUUAAACAAUAAAAGUUC